AUGGCUGCAACCAGCUCAACUCCCACUCGUAAUUCCACCCCCGAUGAGCGCAAGUCGCAAGACCUGGACAUUGCUCGAGAGAUCGACAAGGAUCAGGAAGAUGUCGAACGUCUUGCCCCCGACCAGAUCGACGACCGAUAUCGCACCACCAAAUGGGAGAUCUGGGCUUAUUAUGCUUAUUACAUAGGAAACAAUGGCCUGUCCCUUUUCACAGAUACCGACUUCGCCCCCACGGCCUUCCAGAACCUCCUCUCGCAGGCUGCCGGCGAUCAAGGCACCCUCUUGUUCGCAGGGAAACAGCGGUCCGUCGAUAGCAUUGUUCUGCUGAGCAAUGGAAUUUCCUUCGCGAUUCAGGUCGUCGUUUUCCUCAUCAUCGGGAGCUUUGCUGACUUCGGGAACUGGAGACCCAACAUUCUCAUCGUGCUGUCGCUGAUCGCAUACGCAAUCGGGUUCGCGUGGCUGGGUGUACACGACCCCGAUCAAUGGCAUGUUGGCGUCGGGCUAUACAUCGUCGGGUUGAUCGCCUACCAGACCACUCUGACGUUCUGGACGGCAGCGUUUCCGGGCCUGGCGCGAAACACUCAGGAGAUGAAGACGACGGCUGAGCAAUACGUCGCUGGGAGUAUUUCCAAAGACGAGUACGACCAUGUCGAUACGAUGAAGCGCAGUCAGCUGGCCAACAUUGCGUUCUAUGUUCAAUCGGUCGGGGAGCUUUUCGUGCUCGCCAUCAUCGUGGGCAUCAUGUUUGGAUUGCAUGUCGAUGCCAGUGAGGCGAACAACAACUGGGGGUUGAGUGUCCUGAUUGCAUUUGCCAGUGGCGUUUGGGUGCUCGUCUCAUUACCAUGGUUUGUGCUGGAGAAGCGUCGACCAGGACAGGAUCCGGGGGGAGCAAUAUCAUUACAGGUGCUGAAGUUAAAGCAGAGCUUAUACUAUCUUGUUGGAUACUUUCUCCUCGGCGACUCCCUCAACACGACAGUGACUGUCAUUUCUACCCUCCAAAACAGCAUUGUAUCUUACAACACACUUCAACUCACAUAUCUACUUCUGGUCGGUAUCGCAGCCCAGGCCAUCGGCAUCUACGCCUUCUGGUACGCCCAGCAACGUUUUAACCUCAGCACCAAAACCAUGUUCAACCUCGUCGCCGUAUCCAUCAUCCUGCUUGAUGGUUGGGGCAUGAUCGGUAUCUGGACUCAGAAAUUCGGAUUCCACCACCUCUGGGAAGUCUGGAUCUACCAACUCUUCUACGGCCUCUUCGUCUGCCCCUGGUACAGCUACUCCCAGAUCAUGAUCUCGGAAGUGACUCCCCGCGGCCACGAAUUCCUCUUCUUCAGUCUCUUCAGCAUCAUCGGCAAGACCUCCUCGUUCAUCGGGCCCCUGGUCUCCAGCGCUAUUAUCGAUGCCUCGCCCUCCAAGAACAGUUCCAUGCCGUUUUAUUUUCUGUUCGCGUUGAGUCUAGCCAGUUUUGCGUUUUUGGUUGUCUUUUUGGAUUUGAAGGAGAGUCGGAGGGAGCAAGCGGCUUUUUUGGAAGGAGCGGGAGGGGAGGGAGAGGGGGAGGGGGGUGAUGGGGUUGGUACUGGUAAUUAG